AUGCUUGGUCCCAAGCGUGUCACGGAGGCAAUGGUCGGCUUGAUCCAUCCUGGAGAGGGUCGGAUUGUCAACACUAGUUCUGGGGCCGCGCCUGGGUAUUUGAAAAGCCAGUCCGCCUCAUUGAAGGCCACGCUGUCCAACCCCGACAUUACCUUUGACGAGCUGUCUGCCACUGUCAGCGCGCAGGUUGCAGCAAAUAAUCUUGGCAUGGGGAGGGGCUACGGCCUCUCAAAGGCAGCACUCAACGCGCUGACGCUGAUUCAAGCCAAGGCCCACCCUAACCUGAAGGUCGUCAGCUUGAGUCCUGGCUUCAUCGAUACGCCGAUGACGAGGGGCUUCAACGCUCGGCUGACGCCAGAGCAGGGAUGCGUCUCGAGCCUGGUGUGCUUGUUCGGGCCGGUCUCCAGCGGCUACUUCUACGGCAGCGACGGCCUGCGCUCGCCCCUCACCAUGACCCGCGAUCCCGGGACGCCAGCGUACGGAGGCGAGGAUGAUCCCGACCCGAAGGUCUACAACAAAUGA